UUUGACCAAAAAAAGUGUUUCAAAUAAAUUUUUGCGACGGCUCCGAAUCACGACACUUGAAAUCGGUGACGGUGACUUCCUCCAAAUACUCCGUACAUGUAAUGUUAUUGGACAAUCCUUCUGUCAAUCAAACCUCCGCGGAUCUGAUUGGUCGAAUGUGAGCGGAUAUUUUUCCACAGCGCUCGUUUGCAGCAAACGUGUUUGAUUAUCUGCGUGAACAAAACGACAAAAAACAGACAUGAUUGAGGUGGUGUGUAACGAUCGACUGGGGAAGAAGGUUCGAGUCAAAUGCAAUCAGGAGGACACAAUAGGAGACUUGAAGAAGUUGAUUGCUGCUCAGACUGGCACACGGUGGGACAAGAUCGUGCUGAAGAAAUGGUACACCAUAUUUAAAGAUCACGUGUCACUGGGAGACUAUGAAAUCCACGACGGCAUGAACCUCGAACUCUACUACCAAUAGAACACACACUCUCACACACACACGCAGUCUCUCACACGCACUUUCUCACACACACACACACAUGCAGUCUCUCUGACACGCACUUUCUCACACACACACACACACAUUUUGUCGAGUGUUGGUCUUAACAUGCAUCAGAAUUGAAUUGUUUUGAUAUUAUUUGGAAAUAAAACUCAUAUU